AGUUAGGCGGAAGCGGUUGCGAUGGCGGCAGGUGAGGGGCCCGGGCCGCUUGCGGCUCCGGUUGCCGGCGGCUCGGCGGGCUGACCGCCCCGCUCUAUGUCCGCAGGUCGGUAGGCGGUGCCGCCAUGGCGCUGAUCGAGGGCGUUGGCGAUGAGGUGACUGUGCUCUUCGCGUUGUUGCUGGUGGUCGUGGUGUUGGGGCUGGCCUGGGCCUCCACCCGCGCCCCCGAGCCUGCUGCGCCGCCCCGAGCCGCCGCGCCGCUCUCCGAGGAGGGCCCGAGCGCUGCCCCGACCCCCGUGGAGCACAAGGCCCCGGCGGCGGCGGCGGCCUCAGCGGCUGCCGAUGGGGCGGGUGGGCUGGCGGCGGGGCUGCGGCCCCGGGCCGGCCCCACACCCGCGCAGGGCCCCCUCAGUGAGGGGGACGGCGGCCCCACCGAGCCCACCAUGGUGCUGCGGCUGAAGUUCCUCAACGACACGGAGCGCCUGGCCCGGGUGCGCCCCGGCGAUACCGUCGGGGCCUUGAAGAGGGCCUAUUUUCCUGGGCAGGAGCAGCAAGUGCGGCUAAUCUACCAGGGGCAGCUGCUCCGCGAUGACACCCAGAGCCUGGCCGCCCUGCACCUCGCACACAACAGCGUCCUGCACUGCCACAUCUCCCAGCACAGCCCGGCCCCCGCGCCCACCGGCUCCCACGCCUCUGCCGACCCCGUACACGCCGCCCUCAACGUGGGCAGCCUCAUGCUGCCACUCUUCGUGCUGAUGCUGGCCGUGCUCUGGUACUUUCAGCUGCAGUACCGCCAUGUCUUCACUGCCACCGCAACCACCUUCCUAGCUGGCCUCACCCUCCUCUUCAGCUUCAUGGCCUUCACCAUGUACCGCAGAUAGCACGGCCCCAUGCCCAGAAAGGAGCCGCCACACCUGGAGAAUGCGUGGUCCCGGGUGGAGACUGCCUGCUGCACCUGAGCCUGGGGGGUCCACAGACUGUGUCCCCCGGGGGCUGCAGGACCUGGCAGGGCCGGUGCCCCGGUAGGAGGCAGACAGCCUGCCCGCACGCUGUGGCUUGAGGGCUGGGCAGUGCUGCAGCUGGAGCCAGGGUUGUCGCAGGAGCGAGUGCUACCUCUGGGGAUGGGGGGGGGGGGGGGGGGGCGGGGUCCGAGUGCCCCCCAGCCCUGUGCAGAGAAUCUGCCUGGCUCCCCCACCCCACCUGCCACUCCCGGGCCUAUGCACGGGAGAGCCCUCCUGCCCGGGCUUCUGCCACUCCGCUGGGACUGCUUGCCCACGGCAGGACAGUCUGGCCGCCCGGCACCUCCCGGAGCCUGCUCCCCGGGAAUUCCGGGGCUCCUGGCGGGGGGCAACAUGAGCUCCCCGCCGCUCUGUUACGAUUAAAGAGAAAGGACUGUGAACGGU